UACGACAGGUCGGAGUGACGUCACCGGCUCCCUGUGUGAAACAUGGCGGCUGCCAUGGAGCUGAGAUGCUGGGGAGCAGACUGGGGUUUGCCUUCUGUUCACACCGACUCCCUCGUAGUUCUGGCAUACUCCAGGUUUUCUGGCGCCAAACUGACGGUUUCCCACAUUGACUGGACAUGGAAAACUCUAACAGCGAGCAGUCCAGAGUUACUUUGUGGAGAGUCUGUAGUUCAGGAACCCGCACAGAUUCUCAGUUUUAUGAGGAAACAGAGGUUCAAUGCAGAUUAUGAGUUGACAGCCAGACAGGGAGCAGAUACAAUGGCCUACAUUGCCUUGCUUGAAGAGAAACUCCGGCCAGCUUUGCUUCACACAUUUUGGGUGGACACUGAAAACUACACCAGCCUGACAAGGCCGUGGUUUGCCUCACGCUCACCUUUCCCAUUAAACUUUAUCGUCCCGAGUCGCCUCGCCAGGAUGGCGCUCUCCCGCAUCCUCCUCACCAAAGGGGAGGCACCGUUACACAGAAUCUCGGAGAUAGAGGGAAAGAUUUACAGUGACGCUAAAGAGUGCCUGAACCUUCUUUCCUACAGACUGGGAACUGCAAACCACUUUUUUGGCAACUCGCCAACCAGUCUGGAUGCCUUUGUGUUUGGCUUCGUUGCUCCUCUGCACAGAGCGAGUCUUCCCAGCAGCCAUCUGCAGAGCCAUCUCAAACAGCUGGAGAACCUCACGCACUUCUGCGACAACAUCCUUGAAGUGUACUUCAGCUCGGACCACCCCUGUCCCCCUCCUCUUCCUCCUCCUGCUGUUCAGGAAUCGAUGGAUGCCAACCUUCAAAAACUAACGCAGCUUGUAAACAAAGAGUCCAACUUGAUAGAGAAGAUGGAUGAUAAUCUUCGCAGCAGCCCGCAGCACAAACCCCACAGACUUGACCCCAAACCCAGCCUGUCCAGUGCAAACAGCUCCACUCCUGCCUAACAGCCAAGCUUUCAGCUCUGCUCCUGCCUCAUGGAGCGCUCAAAGCUAGCGGCUUUGCUCUGACUCAGCGUCUUCUAAAGGGGAAAAAAAAGUCUAAUGGCUGCAAACGGAAAAUACAUUAUUGGUUAAUUGGGUUAUGUAAUUACUAGAGGCUAUUUAAUAAUACUUAGAAUUGCUCUUGAGGUUUGAAGGGAGGAACCAGCAUGUGUAAUGUAUUUAAAAAGAAGAGUGCAUGGUCAAAGAUGCAAUACUGAGAAGUAGCUCUGGAUUAAAGGGACACAGAACGUUCAAAGAAACAAAAGAGGAAAUGACAGGAAAUGACUUUAACCUUUGAGUUUCCUAAUUUGCUCUUCUUUCUUCUUUUAACCUUAAACUGCUUUUGUUUUGUUGAAGGGUUAUGUACUUUCUGUUGCACUCACAAGCUAAGCUACUAAUGUCAGUCAAGUAUAAAAGUAAAAGCAUCCUACAACUGAAAAUCAAUGUACUUUUUGAGAAUUCAUCCAGUUAUUUUCAUGUAUUCAUGCUCUUGUACAUUGGCCUCAGCUACAGUAAAGAAGUCUAUUUUGGACGAUGCUUCAGUAUGUAUGCAGUCAGGAUCAUUCCUUGCCUUUAUCUCCACUGUUAUUUAUACAUAGUUGUAAAUAUUUGGAAGGAUUAUAACGAUUUUUUGGGGUCAUUUUCUCUAAAUAAGACCAAGUUAACUCACCUAAAUUCUUUUUGACACACAAGUGAACAAGCUUUGCACUUUAUUUUAAGUUGGUCAUUGAUGCUAAUUUUUGUUUUAACCCGAUGCCUAAUAUUUAUUUAAUUGUGAGCCUUUUUUUCCUGCUAUAUAAUGAUCAUUUUCUGUACCUCUGUUGUUCAUUUUGUCUGAGCUGAAGUGUCCUUUCAUUGACAUUUUGUUUGUGUUGUGGUUUAUUUUUACCGUUUCUUUUCAAACUGUUCAUAAUUUGAUAUGUUUUUCAGCUGCAAUGAAAUCGUGUUCAUACAUUCAGAAAUAUUCUGCAGCACAAGGUGAUUUCUCUGCUGGUGUUGUUUGGUUUGUGUGUGCUUCCAGCAUCACACCACACAAAGUGUGGCUGCAGCGGGCCUUCAUGACUGCCUGUGUUUCUGUUUGUGCCGAAUGCCUACCGUGUCGCUCUUCGUUCACAUUUUAGUGGUUGGUUUUUUUUCAUGAUCUUCAUUUGAUGUGCCCAUAAUGUGCUGACAUUAUAAAAAAUCCACAUUUUUUUCUCCUUUUUUGAACAAAUUAAAAAUAAAAUGUCUCUUUUCAGACAGUCUUCUCUAA